AGUGUGGAAACUGGAAAGUGUGAAAUUCUAAAUUCUAAUCUAUAAACUUUUUGAGUCAAUUUUUCCAAAAUUUCUCCAUAAUUUUGCUGCAGCUGCACUCCUCAUUUUAUUUUUAGUUAAUUAUCAUUUCAAAGUGAAUUUACAGUUAUCGAGUUGUGAUCCAAGUCCAUCAGUACUGUCCGAAGGUAAUAUAUUCUCUCCAGUUUCGAUUUUUCAUUAUGAUAUUUUUGGACCCGAAAUCGAAUGCAAAUAUCUUAUGAUCAACUCGACGCAACAUAAUGUCCGGAGAUCAAAAAACCACAAUUAAUGGAAGUCCUUCUCAAUAUGUUAAAUUAAACGUCGGUGGUUCUCUUCAUUACACAACUAUUGGUACGUUGACAAAACACGACACCAUGUUGAGAGCUAUGUUUUCUGGACGAAUGGAAGUCCUCACGGAUUCCGAAGGUUGGAUUCUGAUUGACAGGAGUGGAAAACACUUCGGAACGAUUCUCAGUUUUUUACGAGAUGGCAUGGUCACUCUUCCUGAGACGUCUAAAGAUCUUGCUGAUUUGAUGGCCGAAGCGAAAUACUACUGUAUUACUCCUCUCGUUGAAUCGUGCGAACAAGCUUUAAAGUACAAGCAACGCGAAGUUGAACCUAUUUGUCGAGUUCCGUUGAUUACUUCGUUGAAAGAAGAACAACUAUUGAUAAGUUCCACAUCUAAACCGGUUGUGAAAUUAUUAAUCAAUCGACACAAUAACAAGUAUUCUUAUACAGGAACCUCUGAUGAUAAUCUCCUGAAGAACAUAGAACUUUUCGAUAAAUUAUCUCUUAGAUUUAAUGGUCGCGUACUAUUCAUCAAAGAUGUCAUAGGAUCGAAUGAAAUAUGCUGCUGGAGUUUUUACGGCCACGAGAAAAAAGUCGCCGAAGUUUGUUGCACUUCCAUUGUGUAUGCUACUGAUAAAAAACAUACCAAAGUUGAAUUUCCCGAAGCUAGAAUAUACGAAGAGACUUUGAACAUUUUACUAUACGAAAGUAGAACCGAACCUGAUCAAGAAUUGAUGAAAGCCACAUCUACGCGAGGAGCUGUUCCAGGGGUAUCUUCGUAUACCAGCGAUGAGGAAGAAGAGCGUUCCGGUUUAGCUCGGUUGAGAUCUAAUAAACAGUAUAAUACUUCUCAAAGUCAAUGAUUAAACGCUCCCGUGAAGAACAGCUGGUGUUUUUCGUUCGCGAUGCGAGUUCUACUCAUCUUUAAUAAUAAAUUAUUCAAUCUAUUACAUUAAAUAUUUAUUCUAACUACUUCAUUUCAGUAAAAUUUCUCACCCUUUUUAUUUUUACAGACAAGUGAAUGUAAUUCAUUUCUGUUGAUGAGAUAAGGUGAUUAAUGUACACUGUACAGCCUUUUCUUAUUUAAAAAAAAAAAAAAAAACGUGUUUAGAAAGUUUCAGAAUUGAGUUAGAGAAUUGUUUAGAGUAGUUACCAAUUUUUUGUAGUUCAUUUCGAGAUAUGUUAUUCUUACUUUCAGAGUUAUUUAUUGAAUAUCAUUUUUUCAAACAGACGUGAUAUAGCCAUGUUGAUUUAUUUAAAAAUAUCUCAUUAGUGAUCUCGUUUUAAGUAUAACUUUUAUCAUUCGUAAUUCUUUUUGUAGUUUGUGAGAUUAUCUUUUUUUACAAUUUAUUGUUCUGCUCUUGGUUAGACAUGCGCGCUGUUGGUAAUUUCAAAUUUGUAUAUGGCUACUUAUCAGCCCUUCAUGCUUAGAAAAGAGGGCAAACGAAAAAAAAACCUCACUUAUCGAAGCUCAAGAAUAUUAAAAUGAAAAAAUCUUGGUAUUAUUUUGUUUAUCGACAACUAUAACACAAAAAUUCUGUUUUUAGCAAAUCCGGCCGAAAAAGAGUUUCAAAACGGGCUAAAUAGAUUUGCCAUCGGCGCUCAUCUCUAA